CAUUCUCUUUUGGAGAGCAAUCGGUGAAGUUACUUUUGUGAUGGGAAAAAAAUUCUAUGAUGUAUUAGGUGUGUCAGAAAAGGCCACUGAUGAUGACAUUAAAAAGGCAUAUCGAAAGCUGGCCUUAAAGUACCAUCCUGACAAAAACAAGUCUCCUGAAGCUGAAUCUAAGUUUAAAGACAUUUCUGAAGCUUAUGAAGUUUUGGGUGACAAAACGAAACGAGAAAAGUAUGAUAAGUAUGGCGAUAGUCCAGCACCUUUUCAAAACAAGCAAAAUUUUGAUCAUUUCACCUACUCAGAGUUUCUUCAAUUCAGAGCUGAUUUUAAUCCCAGUUUUAAUUUGUUUUUUGGAGCCAAUGGAAAUAUGUUUGAGAAACCUAACUACAGGCAUUUUCAACGAGCUCAAUCAACUAGAUGCCCACGAGCAAAACCUAAAAGAAAAGAACCUCCUGUAAAGAACCCGCCUAUUUAUCACGACCUCUUAGUGUCAUUAGAAGAUGUUUUGAUAGGCUGCACAAAGAAAAUGAGAAUAGAGAGAAAUUUUGUUAAUCAUGGAGUAACUAGAAGAGAAAAUAAGGUUUUGACCAUUAAUGUCAAACCUGAUUGGAAAGCCGGAACUAAGAUAACAUUUAAAGAAGAAGGUGACAGAAAUCCUGAUACCAUUCCUGCUGAUAUCAUAUUUAUUAUCAAAGAUUAUAAAAUGUAUUAUUUAUACGAGCGAUUUAAAAAGAAAAUAUUACUUAGGUUUAGUGGCACAAAAUCCAAACGAGGACAUGCUGCGCUAGCUAUUUUGGUAAUAAAUCACUAA